AUGGCGGUGGUGGCAGUAUUUCGGGCUUCCCAGGAAGGGCGGCGUCUCUGGCUCAGGAUUCCUAACUGGCAUUCGUUAUCCUUCUCAUCUUCUUCAGUGCCAACAACCAAACUAUUCAUUGAUGGCAAGUUUGUUGAUUCCAAAAGCAAUGAAUGGAUUGAAAUCCACAACCCAGCCACCAAUGAAGUGGUUGGUCGUGUCCCAAAAGCCACAAAGAGUGAGAUGGAAGCAGCUGUGGCUUCAUGCAAAAAAUCCUUGCGGAAUUGGUCAGAGACCUCUAUUUUGAGCCGGCAGCAAGUCUUCCUGCGAUACCAGCAGCUCAUCAAAGACAAUCUGAAAGAAAUUUCAAAGCUUAUCACCUUGGAGCAAGGGAAGACCCUGGCUGAUGCUGAGGGAGAUGUGUUCCGAGGCCUCCAGGUCGUUGAACAUGCUUGCAGUGUGACGUCCCUCAUGCUGGGCGAGACCCUUCCCUCCAUCACUAAAGAUAUGGACACUUACACCUAUCGCUUUCCUCUGGGAGUAUGUGCAGGCAUUGCACCAUUCAAUUUCCCAGCCAUGAUUCCUCUUUGGAUGUACCCCAUGGCUAUGGUGUGUGGCAACACUUUCGUGAUGAAGCCUUCGGAACGUGUGCCGGGAGCCCUCAUGUUCCUUGCAAAGCUGCUGCAGGAUGCUGGUGCCCCAGAUGGGACUCUGAACAUCAUCCACGGGCAGCAUGAAGCUGUGAAUUUUAUUUGUGACCAUCCUGAUAUCAAAGCCAUCAGCUUUGUGGGAUCAAAUCAAGCUGGAGAAUAUAUCUACGAAAGGGGUUCCAAGAACGGCAAGAGAGUCCAGGCCAACAUGGGAGCUAAGAACCAUGGAGUGGUGAUGCCAGAUGCCAAUAAAGAGAACACCUUGAAUCAGCUAGUGGGAGCAGCUUUUGGAGCAGCUGGACAACGUUGCAUGGCCUUGUCUACAGCAGUCUUGGUAGGAGAGGCUCAGAAAUGGCUGCCAGAACUUGUGGAAAGAGCUAAGAAUCUGAGAGUUAAUGCAGGUGACCAACCUGGAGCAGACCUUGGGCCUUUGAUCAGCCCCCAGGCCAAGGAACGUGUCUGUCAGCUCAUUGACAGUGGUGUGAAAGAAGGGGCCAACAUUCUUCUUGAUGGACGAAGCGUUAGAGUGAAAGGCUUUGAAAACGGCAAUUUUGUUGGGCCAACCAUACUGGCUAAGGUCAAGCCUAACAUGACCUGCUAUAAAGAGGAAAUCUUCGGACCAGUCCUGGUAGUUCUGGAAGCAGACACACUGGAUGAAGCAAUCGAAAUAAUAAAUAAGAAUCCCUAUGGGAAUGGAACUGCAAUUUUUACCACCAAUGGUGCCACUGCUCGGAAAUACUCCCAUUUAGUGGAUGUUGGGCAGGUUGGUGUGAAUGUUCCAAUUCCAGUGCCUUUACCGAUGUUCUCCUUCACUGGCUCCCGUGGAUCAUUCAGAGGUGAUACCAAUUUCUAUGGUAAACAGGGGGUACAGUUUUACACACAGCUGAAGACAAUCACGUCUCAGUGGAAAGAAGAAGAUGCCACUGUUGCCAGGCCUGCUGUAGUUAUGCCGACCAUGGGGAACUAAAGCAGCUUCUUGCACUGGUCAGAGGUGCUAUUGCGAAUGCAUUCUUUACCUCCUACAGUGCAGGCCGCU